GAUGUCGAUUCCGCGGGGGCGGCCGUGGAGCCCCCCCGUGCCACGCACGGCAGAAGCCCUUUUUAAAGCUGCGCUUAGCGCCCCGACGGCACCGGAAAGCGCCAGGCUAUCACCGAAGUCAUGGCGAGGCACGCGUUUUUCUCGAAGAACAGCGCCCGGAUCUCUAUUCUCCCUCUCUUUCUCCCCAUAUUCCACUGUCUUUUUCGCCAUUUCACGCUUUUCCCCCCCUCAAAAACACCGUAUUCCUGCCCCGCUCUCCCCGAAGGGAUAUGCAAAUCGCGCGGAGCAUGAUGGGGCACCUCAGCGCCGCACCUCCACCGAGGAGGCGGGGGAGUGCCGCUGGUGGGCGGGGCGCUGCGCGCGCAGCCAGGCACCCUCCCGAUUGGUCGGCGCUGCUGGGAAGCGCUUCCGGGUGUCGGCAGGCGGCACCCCCGGAAGGGCUCGGUGUGCGCGGCGGAGGGAGCGGAGCCGGCGGCGGUGGCUCGUCCCGCCCGCGGGUCAUGGCGAGUUGAUUGGUUUGGGUCCCCACAACGCCAAGAAACAGCAGGACCUAGAUAAGCUUUAUGAUCUAAAAGCUAAAGCCCAACAGAUUAUGAACCAGUUUGGCCCUUCUACCUUGAUCAACCUCUCCAACUUCUCCUCGAUAAAGCCAGAACCAGCCAGCACUCCCCCACAGAGCUCCAUGGCCAACAGCACCACCGUGGCAAAGAUGCCGGGGACGCCCAGCGGAGGAGGACGGCUCAGUCCUGAAAGCAACCAGGUUUUAACCAAGAAGAAAUUGCAGGACCUGGUGCGUGAGGUGGAUCCGAACGAGCAGCUGGAUGAAGAUGUGGAGGAAAUGCUGUUGCAGAUCGCUGACGAUUUCAUAGAGAGCGUGGUGACGGCUGCCUGCCAGCUUGCACGGCAUCGCAAGUCAAACACCCUGGAAGUGAAAGAUGUCCAGUUGCAUCUUGAGCGUCAGUGGAACAUGUGGAUCCCGGGCUUUGGUUCUGAAGAAAUCAGGCCCUACAAGAAAGCCUGCACUACAGAAGCUCACAAACAGAGAAUGGCACUGAUUCGCAAAACCACCAAGAAAUAGCCCCUGGGAAGAGCCGGGAGAAGAUGUCAGUACAUUCUGGGAUAUCUGCCUCUCCACUGAAGCCGCCACGAUGCCAUCCAUGGGAUAUUUUUUUUAAUGCUUUACAGAGAAGCAUAUAUUUUUUAUUAACGGUGCAGCAAUAUCUUGACUUUAUGAGGAGAUCUGCCAAAAACAUUCUAUGCCCCCUUCCUCAUUCGCCCUAAGAGUGCGACAUAUCUCAAAACAGAGACUUUUAUUUGUGACUUGAAAGUGGUUUAUCGUAUAAGUGAUUAUCCAAGGGACAGAGCAUCUGAUCUUGCGUGGGACAGUAUUAGAAGCAUCUGUAGAGGUUUUUGUUUCUUCCUUCCUGCCCCAGUACUUUGUAAUGUCAGUGUUUAUAUAAAUACUUGCAUUUGUUUUACAUGAAUAAAGAAAUUAUUAAUCUAAAACCA